AUGGCGUCUUUAACGACCGCGGAGGUCUCGACGGCGACGGUGGAGACGCCGUACUCGAGACGCGGGCCGCACCCGAGCGAGUGGAAGCGGCGACGCUCGGACGGCGCGAGCGUCUCGGUCGAGCGCAUGUCGAAGAAAGCGAUAGUGUUGGUGCCGAGCGUUGAGGAUGAUGCGAAUUUGGAUCGGAUUCGACUAAAGGGAUGGCGCGAGGGGGAGUACGCGGGGGCGCUGCGGCGGGCGGCGAUGCAGGCGAAGGAGACGCGGGCGCGGACUGAGGAGGUGUGCGCCGAGCUCAGAGAGAAAGGGUGGGAGCUGCGAAAGGUGGAAUACAUGUCUGGAGAUGAAUUAGGAUUUGUUCGAUUGGCUAAUCAGAUAGGGGCGGUGAUCGUGGCGGUGCCUCCGGCGUUGCAAUCGGCGCAGUUGUUAGAGAUGUGUCGGCGCGUGCGGGCAGAGGGAGUGCUCGUUUUCCAAUGCGCUCGAGUCGGACACUAUUUAGCGCACAACAAGCAUCUGGAUCUACAAGAGACAAACGCGCUACCAUCGAAGCGUAUGACGCCGCACGCCAUCGGGCUGCUGAAUAGGUGCGAAACGAGAGACGACGGGUUUAGACAGGUGACGAUGUACGUCGUGUCCAUGCCGGGGACCAUGGCGGAGAGGAACGCGUUUCGCGAGCAUGUUUUUCCGCGUCUGAUGCACCGGUGCAGAAAGAGGCGAAUUCGACUUUCUCUCGUAGAUCUUAAGGAUGAUUCCCCGAAUGCCGGUCCCGGACAGGCGCUUAACGCGCUGGGGCACGCGAUGCGAACCGGCGGCAUCUUCAUCGUGCUGCUCUCGGCAAAACAUGAGAUCGAUUGGUACUCGAGCGUUAGGCUGCAUAAGUACUCCCAAGACAUGAGGAUGGAAGCUCAAACGCAAGCAGUAGAAACCAUGACUUGGCUGCGCGCUGCACCGAAUGAUUACAGCCGAGUCGAGCUACAAGUGGGCCAUUUGCUGCGCGUGUACGAUCCGUUGGAAGAGCCAUCCCAGGAAGAAGUCAUGAAGUCCUUGCAACAUCUCACGGUGGGUGAGCGGAACGCAAUCCGAACCGCGAGUGAACGAGAAGAGGCACUGCGAUCGCAGCAUAUCCUCGCGUAUUUUCCAAGCAAAUUAUUCUACGAGAGGUUACGAGCUCAGAAGGACGCGGAGUACGUGGACUAUCUAACGAGCACGGACCCUGCACACCGAGAGCGUAUUGGUUCGCUUCUUUCGACGCUGUACGCGCACACAGAUGUUUGUGUUAGCCAAUACUCCGCUCGAUUCACUCCACCGAUGAACUUCGCGGAUGAAAACAACCUAUUUAACGUCAAGCCGAUACCGCAAACGUCUGGGCUGGAUGAAUUCCAGAGCACGUUACUACAAGAUGUGUGGACUCGAUUAGAUCUUGAAUUCCCCGCGGAACCGUUGAGGGACGCAAUUGCGCAGAAGACGGCGAUCGAACCUGAGCUCUCGAUUGGUGAACGGCUUCCGUUUUACUACCAUCGUGCAUCACAAGAAAAGGCUCUGAUCAAAGCAAUAAAGACUGGUCGACCGAGUGUGAGCGUCGUGCAAGGUCUAUCUGGCGCCGGUACGACGAGUAUGUUGCAGCAUUUGGCUCGAUUUUCCCGGUCUUUGUUUACGACUGGAUCGGAAUCCAUUAAAAUUUCGGAUAAAGUCGUCGUCGUCAGCGAUUUUGGCGCCACCGAAGGUCGGAUGCACCCGACCCCGACGCAAAUCCUUAGAAAUAUAGUGCAACAAAUCAAGGACCAACUUGGAUUUGAAGAUCGCAUACCAGCGUCACUGGAAAACGUUCGGGCGCUUCUUCUAGAUAUGUUUUACCGCGCUACGCGCGCGCGUGGACGUGUUAUCAUUUUCAUCGAUGCGCUUCACAUGGUGGAUAACGAGAGCGCAUCGGCGUGGCUACCACAUGAAUCGACUAUUCCUAUCGGUGUACAGUUCUUCCUUGGUAUACGUCGCGUAGAUCUGCCGCCAGCUUUCGAGAAAGAUACUGGCGAACAACAUCGUCACAGAAGGAUGGCAACCCUCGAUUACAAUCUCAUCACACAGUAUCGCCAUCGAAUGGCAAAGCUGCAACACAUCGCGCUUGCGUCCGCCGCACCGCUCGGCCUGAAAAAUUCGAUCAUUCUGGGUAAUCUCAAGUAUGAUGAUCGCAAACAUUACGCGAGAACGUAUUUACAGCCGUUAGGAAUACACGUGUCGAACACGAUGAUGAUGCAAGUCAUGGAUAAAUCGUGUGCAGCAAAUGUGCGGGGUAUGUACUUGACGUGCACCAGAAUCGCCAUGGAGGAUACGUAUGACACCAAAUUCUCGGAACUUCUGGCCGCGUUUCCAGAACGCGAACGAGAUCACUACCAUCAAUUGUUAGACGGUGUGGAAAAGUUUGCGACGCAAAAUCUGCUUAGCUGUGUUCUUCCUGCGAUCGUCUGUGCUUGCAACUGUCUCACUCGCGAAGAUAUCGCUCACUUGAUCAUGUCAGAGGUACGCCGCACGGCAAGAAUCAACGAUCUAUUGAUUCACACGAUCCCAAGACUUCUUUGGUCGAUGCGGUACCUCUUGAGAGGGGACGCAACGAGUGGCGUGUAUUCGGCACCCAACGGGAAGAUUCAGGUGGACUCUGAGGUUGCGUGCGACGUCAUCAUGGAGCGAUAUGCACCAAAGGAACAAGACAAGAGACGGGUCUAUCAAAUGUUAGCGCAAUACUAUGGUGCAAAGGCUUCCGGUUCACGGUUACUAGAGUCGCUCGCGACCAUCGAAGCGCAACGCCUCAUAGGUAAUGAUCCUUACAAAGUUGACUCUGAUGGGAUUAUCGACAGCGACGCGCUGCACAAAGAGCACGAGAGGACGAUGAACAUUCUCAAGCACCUGCCGUAUUACUAUACGCAAGCUAGAAUGUUUGAUCAACUCGUCGAUCUCCUGACCGACCUCGAAUUUCUACAGGCAAAGCUGGAAAUAGGGGAGGGACAAAGUCUCGUAGACGAUUUCAACAGAAUUCUUCCCUUUACGUGUGGGCCAGAGCGCCCGAUGUGGAUUUCACAUCACGCUGCGCUAAGUGAAGAAGUUAUCGAUGUCCCUGGGGCCCCGUCUGGUAUCGACGGCAGACUACGGCAGCAGGCGAUUUUCAACUCGCAUUGCAUGGGCUUCCACAUAGAGGCGUUUCAGUUUUACGCAACGCAUUCUGAUAAACUUCACAUCACAGAGGACUUGAUUGCACUUCGGGAGGCUCUUUGGCGAAAUCUCGAAACGCUGCAUGUCACCCCUAAAUUUCUGCGUCAACAGUUUUUCAACGAAGUCGGAGAUGCAGCGACGCGUCGACUGAGUGGAGCAGGUAUCGUCGAUGCGAGCGAAAGUGCUAUCCGCGAGUACUGUGGCUUAGGGCGCAUGAUGUUGUGCUGGGGGAACAGACCGUGUGAGGCUCUCACGUGCGUGUCGAUGAAGAGUGGAUACGAACGCGAGGGCGACGUCAGGUGUGUACGUAUGUUGGAUGAUUCAAGUUUUAUGGUGGGUUACGCGAGUGGCGCUGUGGAGGUUUGGGAUGCGAAUCGUGGCUCCAGCGUUGCCCGGUUCAUCGGCCACAAGCGUGCGGUGACGGCGCUCGCAUUGAUCAACAACGACUCCAUCAGAAACGCGCGAUCGUCUGUAUUCGUUGCUUCCGGCUCAAAAGACAAAAGCAUUCGUAUAUGGCGUUUGGACGACAGCUUGGGUCGCGAUUGCAACGUGUUGAUUGGUCACGCCGAACCGAUUGCGUCACUUGCGGUGGCGAUUUCCGCGAACGAAUUGUUCAGCAUCGCAGGAGCUGAGCUUCGAUGCUGGUCAUGCUCGCCCGGAUACCCGUUGCGAUACGUGGUCAACACCGAAAGUACUACACCGAUCACAUCAAUAUCACUCGCCCCGGAUGUCAGUUACCUCAUCACGGCGAAUACGACGGGUAUCAUGCGUUUGUGGUUCUUCACGCUCGAAGCGGGAACGUUAGGCGGAAAGAAUGGGACCGACCACUUUCAAGUCGCAAACUUGUUGCCGAAAGGGGAAAACGCGUAUUCUGGCAUGGCGACAGCACGCUCGUCUUUAGGAAGUCACACGGCUGCGUCACGUGGAAAUAAGAAGCUCGGCACGAAGCCGCCUGCAGUUGCUUUGGAACUGCGCGGACAUCUUGGUGAAGUUACGUGCACCGCGUGCUCGUCGAACGGUUUAUUUGCGAGCGGUGGCGUCGAUACAAGCAUCAUGAUGUGGGAACCGCGAAAUGCGAAGCACAUUGGGUUGAUCAAUGCGCACGACGGACCAGUCACCGCCAUAACGUUCACCCGCGACGGCAAAUUGUUGAUAUCGGCAUCUCUCGAUCGUACCUGUACGAUUCACAGCUCACUCACCGGGAAUCUCGUCACUUCAAUGGCCCACACCUGUCGCGUCAGAACGGCAGAUAUCUCGCCAGAUUCUAGCUGUGUCAUCACAGGGGGCGCAGACGGCAACCUUCGUCUCUGGAGUUGGUGUGGUCGCAAAGGAACGGCAUCCGCGGGAGCUCUUCCUCGAGAUUCGGGCAUACUACGCCGAGCCCCACAGAAACAGGCCGAAGACGAACGCUUGGAAUAUGGUGAUAGCUCCUCCGCGGUUCACUAUGAUAGGGUGACCGCGGCUUGUCACUUCGAUCUGCAAGGCAUCGGCUCGUAUUUCAUCACCGCUGCUCACGACGGUUCAGUAAGAGUUAUGGAUUCCAAAGAUUGGAAAUUGAAGACGGAUGUAAAACCUCUGGAAUUCGAAGCCGUUGAAAAAACGCGCGCUUUCAGCUCGUCUUCCAUUACGACGAUGCACUCGGAGAGAUCCGACUCGAUGGUGUACUUUGGUAGAUCUGAUGGCUCCCUCACUGCUUGGGACUUCAGUGCUCAAUCCUGGGGGUGGAGCAGGAGUAAUUACGUCGCAGCGCACGAUCUCGGCGUGUACUCAAUGACCGACGUGGGUGCGGGAACGCUUGUCACAGGUGGUGGUGACGGGACGGUUUGCUUGUGGGACGUGAGCGGUCGAGAGCCAACUCUCAUGAAGAAGCUCGUCGCUCACAAUGCGCGCGUCAGCGGCUUGUGCGCCGACGCCAACUCCUCGAGGCUCUACUCCAGUGGCGGCGAUACCAUCGUGAAAGCUUGGGACCUCAACCAAGAAACGUCCGUCCACGAGUUCAUCGCUUCUGACGCGUCCAUCAUCGCCUGCGCGCACACCCCAAGAGGCCUCGCAACGGUUGACGCGGACGGCUUUAUCAAACUCUGGGACGAACGCUCCAGGAUGGCGAUCGCUCGAUUCCACCUACCUCCAGGCGUUCCCUUGGCGUGUCGAAUCAUCGACGACCAACCGAAUUGGCUCGUCACCACGUGCGAUCACGCCGUGUACGUCCACGACGUCCGCACGUUCUCACCCGUCGUCUCCUUUCCCUGCCCGCGCGCCGCCACUCGGCUCCCGCGCGAAGCCGCCGUGACUGCCGCCGCCUUCAAUCCUGAGGGCACCCGCGCCGUCGUCGCCGACGCCCACGGCUACGUCUACGGUCUCACCACCAAACUCCUCUCCGUCAAGGAGCUAGGUCUGUAA